UCUAGAGGAGAGGCCAUGAAAAUCCAUCACAUUCCUUGCCGUGGAGACAAAUACGCAUACCUAAUUAUCGAUGAGUCUUCCAAAGAAGCUGCUGCUGUCGAUCCUGUCGAGCCAGAGAAGCUUCUUCAAGCAGUCAAUGAGAAUGGGGUUGAUCUGAAGCUUGUUCUCACCACUCACCAUCACUGGGAUCAUGCUGGUGGAAAUGCGAAAAUGAAGCUGUUGGUGCCUGGAAUCAAGGUUUAUGGUGGUUCAAUAGACAAUGUCGAGGGGUGUACUGAUAAACUGGAAAAUGGUGAUAAGCUGACACUAGGAGCUGAUGUCAAUAUUUUGUCACUCCAUACACCUUGCCACACGAAAGGUCAUAUAAGUUAUUACGUGACAAGCAAAGAAGAGGAUCCAGCUGUGUUUACUGGGGACACGUUGUUUGUUGCUGGUUGUGGGAGAUUUUUUGAAGGCACUGCAGAACAAAUGUAUCAGUCGCUUUGUGUCACAUUGGGUUCCUUACCAAAGCCGACUCGGGUUUAUUGUGGCCACGAGUACACAGUGGAAAAUCUGCAGUUUGCCUUGGCGGUUGAACCAGGCAAUGCAAGGACAGCGCAGAAGCUAUUAUGGGCUCAGCAUCAGCAAAAGGAAAAUCUCCCCACUAUCCCUUCAACAAUUGAGGAAGAGUUGGAGACCAACCCUUUUAUGCGUGUUGAUCUGCCGGAGCUGCAGACUAGUGUUGGUUGUCACUCUCCUGUUGAAACAAUGCAAGAAAUAAGGCGUCGCAAAGACCAUUGGAGGGGCUGAUAAGGAAAGGUCAUCUACCAUCAAUAUCUCACUUUGUUCUGUAACCGCUGUGUUGUGUGCCCUAGUUUGCACGAGAAAAGUGGUGUGUGUGUGUGUGUGUGUGAGAGAGAGAGAGAGAGAGAGAGAGAGAGUAUCCAGUUUGAGUUUUAUACGUUUCCAAGAAUGAAUAACCAGUGUAAAACCAAUGGUGAUCUAAGCCAUAAAUAUGCUACUUGUAGUAGAAGCGAAGUAUAAAAACUAAUAUGAUCCUCUUGGUAGGUUGUCGAUUGUCA